AUGGCCCAGACUGAAAUGCAAUACGAUGCUGCCCCAGGCACGGAGCUGCUUGUCGACCAGGGCAGCCAUCGCAACCUCGAUUCCUAUCAACAUGUUAUCAAGGGCGACUCUCGGAUUCUCCUUGUCCCUCAGCCGUCCCUCACAGACCCCAACGAUCCUCUUCGCUGGCCUCUGUGGAAGAAAUGGCUCACCUUUGCCAACGGGCUGUUCUACGCCUUUAAUGGAGCCGUGACCGGGCCCAUGAUGGCAGGAGGCAUGCUCCAGCUAUCCGAGUUCUUUAAACGACCUCUGGCAGAUCUCACCUACAGCAACGGAGCCACGCUCAUCUGCCAGGGUUUCGGUACUCUACU